UGAAAUGUAAAUGACAAAGUAUUAUAUCAAUAAUAUAAAGAUGAAACAUUCGAAAGACUUUACAACCGUCAGGCAAAGGGAGAUCACUCAAAUUGCACCUAGAGCUGCCGCUGUUGUUCGAACUUUCUAUUUUCACUUCGGCUACCACCACAUUAGACGUUACUAUUUAUUACACAUUAAAAAAAGGGCCCUGUUGUUCGUAUUUUUCCCACAAGCUAUGAUGACGGAAAGCAUUGGUGGAAGCCAAGAAAGCAGUCAGCUGUUUGCCCUAGGUUUUCCUGUAACAUUGUCGACACAAGAAUAUACAAAACAGAAGCUGGAGUCUGCCGUGUCUCUCCUGCACUCACAAACAGUGUCCGGGCCCGUCCUGACGGAAAUUGUUUCCUUAUUGCUGCCUCACGUUGAAGACGAGAAAUAUUCCUCUGUUUGGGUGGUCCUGUUGGACAAACUGUGUGGACUUGGCCAUCUCCCAGAGACGGCUGAGGUGUACAGACAGUUGGAUGAGUGGCAGGACAAGGUGUUCUCCUGUGGUAAGACUUUCUCGUGGCUGGUUUUGCCGUUUGGUCAAAGAUACUCAUGUGGUGAGACUUUCUCAUGGUUGGUUCUGCCGUUUGGUCAAAGAUACUCAUGUGGUGAGACUUUCUCAUGGUUGGUUCUGCCGUCUGGUUGA